AUGAGGUGGGAGAAAGUAUUGAUAAGACUUACCAACACACUUGGUUUCAACGCCAGGGAGACAGAAAUCCCUGCACUGUAUAGAAUGUCUGGGACCGGAGCGAAGCCUAAAGGCCAGCCUCCACCUCAAAAAGGUAAAGUGGCGACCAUUCGACAAAAUCGAACGGCCGAACCAGAAGUACAGGAACGGGGGAAGACGAGAGCCACGGGGGCGGUGGACCUAGAUGAAGACGAACAAGAAAUAGGCGACUCAGAGAAAGGGAGGUCUUACCUCGAAGAGAAACUGCUCCUUGUCCUGUCGGGCGCUCUGCUCACUUUGGGCACACUCGCUACGACACUGCACCAGAUUGCGGCUUUGCCGGGAGUCACCCUCCCUGUAAUCAACGCAGUCCGCGCGGUUGCUUUCUUGCUGAAGGAAGUCGAGCUAGGGGCAGUAGCAGAAGAUAUCAGGGACAUCGCCAAUGCACAGUUCAACGAGAUGACCACAGAUUUGAGGGAGUUCACGGAGGGGCUCAGGGUGAAGGUUAUGGAAGAGCUGGAGAAGAAGACAGAAGUGUUGAAAGAGAAAACAGUGGAACUGGCCGAGGUGGUCGAAAAGGCGGUACAACAGGCGGGGAACGCAGCCAGCUCCCCGUACAGGGACGCGCUGCACAGGGGACUCUCUGGGGCGCUGAUGGAUGCUAACCCCCGUCUAGCUGCGAAGGAAAAUAUCAGACAACGUCAAUCGCUGGUCGACAUACCACAAGGAUCCAGCCUCAAAGACUGUGCUAACCUAGUCCUGGUGGGCAAGUUUACGGAGGCGAUGGGUAAGGCGACAGCGCAGAAACACAAGAUUAGAACGGCACUGAGGCUCCAAAACGGCGGGAUCUUGGUCGAAAUGGCUACGGACGAAGGCGCAGCAUGGUUAGCUUCCAAGGACAAUGCAGCGGCCUUCCUGCGGGAACUGGGAGAAACUGAGGCCUCCUUCAAGAAGAGAUCGUACAACGUUGUCGCCUACUAUGUGCCACUAACCCUUGACCCCGGCAGCGAGAAGGAUAGAAGAGAGAUAGAGGAAUCAAACAACAUACCUGAAGGCGGUCUGACGAAGAUGAGGUGGAUCAAGCCCCCAGCACGACGAAGGACAGACCAACGCUUUGCUCAUGUCAUCGCCACCUUUUCGGACGCGGAUGCGGCCAACCGGGCAAUAAGUAUCAGUGGCGAAGAGCAGGAAGGAACCGAUUCGCUGUCUCAAGUGUCAAGGCUGGGACCACAUCGCGUCGGAGUGCAACAUCAAGGACAAAGAGGUAAACGUAUGCGGUACAUGCGGGGGAAGGGAUCACUGGACCAGACAAGCGACCAUACCAGCUGGGACCGCGAGUGCCCUACUUUCCGCAGGAAGAUCGAAGACCUCAAUGCCAGGGAUCCAGCAAACGACUUACCUUUCUUCCCAGCGAAGGAAUCAUGGACGUGGUCGCCGUCUUAUCCAACGCAAGGACGUCGAGUUCCCCCGGCAGAGAUCCAGGUCAAUCCGAUUCAGCCAGCUACACAGAGGAACAGGUAUCGGCAAACACAGAUCAACUUCGAGUACGCGGCUCCAGGUGGAAGACCGUACACCAAGGAGUCACGGUCGAGCCAGCGCUCGACCCCUGCCGUAGCUAAGUCCCCCCCUCCUCCUUUCCCCAAUCCAGAGUCAACAGAGUCUCCAAUAGCAGCCCCCAUGUCGAGUAACGGCUUAACGCCCCCUGAUAGCACCCAAUCUCUAACCGUGCCCAAUGUCUGA